AAUAGAUAUCAAUGUAGCAUCCCUGAACCUAAAAAUCAAACUAUGUCAAAUGAAGAACAAUUAAUAAAACUAGAAAGUGAAUUAACAAAUUGUUAUUCAUAUAAUAAUGGGUAUUAUGUAUAUGUUCUUUGUCCAGGAAAAAAUGUUACUCAAACUAGAGUAUUGAAUGGAUUUACUUUAGAACGAAAUAUCCUUGGACAAAGAGUCGAUUUUAUUAACUUUGAUAAUAAUUCAAUUCAAGAAGGAUAUGUUGAUGGAAAUUAUUGUUUAGGAAACAAAGGAAAUAGAAAAACUGUUGUUGAAUAUAACUGUUUAAUAGAGAAUGUUACAGCACCAAUGGUAAUAAGUAUAAGUGAAGUGGAUUGUAUGUAUUAUAUUAAAUGGCAAAUUCCAGCAUUAUGUAAACAUCAGGUAUUUGUUGAUUGGAAUUUACCAAAUUCUAUUAGGUGUUGUGCUGAUGUUAUUCAAGAAAGUGAGACAAUUAGAAAAGAAAUACAGGAAAAUGAAGUACAAAAAAAUACUGAAGUAAUGAAUAAAGAGAUAAAACAGUUAAUAAAAUAA